AUGGACUGGAGAACAAUCGGCAAGUCCUACACACCGCAAGUGGAAGAAAAGAGGUCGAUUACCCCGCCGGAUUCUCCAAGGAAAAAGCAAAGAAUACCAGAGUAUUCAAGGUUUCCCUUUAUCGUUGGUAUCGACGAAAAGCGGCAAAAGGAUUGGAUCGAUCAAAGGGCACCGUACUCUCAAGAGGUAAGUUAA